GGGCGGGGAUACUAUCAGUUUUGCAGGAUAUGAUUGGCUCCUGUGUUGUAAUCUCUGAGGAGACAUUAAAAUGCUCCUCUUCAGCUCCAAAAUCCGACACCCAAAGGCUUAAAUUUAGCUCAUUUGCUUUGUUUAGCUGCUUAUGUAAGAUUUUAUUGUUGUCAAAGAAAGCCAUUUGAUUACUGCGCUUAAAGAAAAGAGGAAUAUAAAACAGCAAAAGUACAAAUCUAAUAGGAAAUGCUGAUGGGAGUGUUUGAAUUAGAUGUUUUACUUCAUGCACAGCCAAAAUACUCAAUAAAAUCACUUUUAUUCAUCAUUCAUUUAUUCAGUGUUCUCAAGCUUUCUCCCAAAUGUGUCACGGCCAUGCAUCCGUGGUAGCAAUUAGAGAGAAUAUGGCCCAAGAGAGUCCCACUAGUCGAAGUGUCACUUUUCGUACAGACCCUGAACGCAGCACAAGAGGAGUUGGGCGACUUGUGUCGUGACGCGCAGUCGUGGAGGCGUGCCUCUGAUGAAAUCAGCUGGGGAAACAACAACAGAAAAGGGGGUGGCGAGACUAGAAAAAUCUUCCGGCCAGUUAUGUUUAGAUUUCAUUUGAAAAAGUGUCCGUUCAAGAACAAAACCGAGUCACAUCGAGUCUGCAGCGGCGAGUCAGUACUUGUUGAGUUGUGCGAGACGCUGGAUUAAGGAGGCGGCGAGGGGAAGUCAGAGGAGGAGGAUGUGACAGGGCAGAGGUCCUGUCCGCAGUUGGAUCUGCUCUUUGACAAACAACGGGAAAACACCGCGAUCACCUCUCCGUCCUCCGUGCAUCUCUGUCCGGUUUGAGUGACCGGCUGAACCACCAGCUGAGUGGCAUGUGGGUCAAUUCCGGAACCGUCGGAAGGGCCCUCUCCAUGGAUAUAGACACAGACUAUGAGCGGCCCAAUGUGGAAACCAUUAAAUGUGUGGUGGUAGGGGAUAAUGCAGUAGGCAAGACCAGGCUAAUCUGUGCCCGGGCCUGCAAUGCCACCCUCACACAGUAUCAGCUGCUUGCCACCCACGUGCCAACCGUCUGGGCCAUCGACCAGUACCGUGUAUGCCAGGAGGUGUUAGAGAGAUCUCGAGAUGUAGUGGAUGAGGUCAGCGUGUCCCUGAGGCUGUGGGACACAUUCGGGGAUCAUCACAAAGACAGACGAUUCGCCUAUGGCAGGUCUGACGUAGUGGUGCUUUGCUUCUCUCUGGCUAAUCCCAAUUCCCUGCGCCACGUCCGCACCAUGUGGUUCCCGGAGAUCAAGCACUUCUGUCCCCGAACACCCAUCAUCCUGGUUGGCUGCCAGCUGGAUCUGCGCUAUGCUGACCUGGAUGCAGUUAACCGUGCACGGCGACCACUAGCCAAACCCAUCAAACCUACAGAUAUUCUUCCUCCAGAGAGAGGCCACGAGGUGGCAAAAGAACUUGGCAUUCCCUACUACGAGACUAGCAUUGUUGCCCAGUUUGGAGUCAAAGAUGUUUUUGACAACGCCAUCCGUGCUGCCCUAAUCUCACGUCGACACCUGCAGUUCUGGAAAUCUCACCUGAAGAAAGUCCAGAGGCCCCUUCUCCAGGCGCCUUUCCUGCCUCCUCGCCCACCACGCCCCAUAGUGGGCAUCCCAGACCCCCCUCUCACAGAUGGAGAGGGCCCUGACUCCCUUUUCUGUCAACCUCUGUGCGCAGAUGUCCUUUUCCUUCUGCAGGGCGGCACUACUCGUGUCUUUGCGCACAAAGUCUAUCUGGCUACGUCCUGCUCUAAGUUCUACGACCUCUUCACCCUUGAUCUCGGUGGAUCGUGUGUGGGGCCACGGGGGGAGGAACUAGAGAGCAAGGAAAACUUGGAGAGUGGGGAGGAAGAUGAGCAGAGCAGGAGAGGAGCCAAGGAGCAAGCCGGGCGCACCAAGAGCCUGGACAUUGACAAAGACGGGGUUGACGGAGGAGUGCGAGGCUUGAACCGACCCCAGCUGCUCCAGCAGGGCUCUUUGAGGACUUCCCAGAGUGAUAAUGCACUCCCCUCUCGAGCCCAGUACUCCCUGGGAGCGCUAGGGACUGGUCGAGCACUUUCUGGAUGGGGAAGGGGGUUCCUGAGUGUGUGUCUGGAGCACGUUGAUGACCCCAUGACUGGACGACCACGACUCAUGACUGUGGUAGCCAUGGAUGCGCUUAUACAGGAGGAACCAUUCAAGGCGGUGCUUCAGUACCUAUACACAGGCAGUCUGGAUGAGGGCCGAGGCGAUCUGAUGCAGGUGGCCACCAUCGCGGAGCUACUGGAGGUGUUUGACCUGCGCAUGAUGGUGGCCAAUGUUCUGAACAGAGAAAGCUUCAUGAACCAGGAGAUCACCAAGGCUUUUCAUGUCCGCAGAGCCAACCGCAUCAAGGAGUGUCUCAACAAAGGGACAUUUGCUGAUGUGGUGUUUCGACUGGAUGAUGGCUGCCUCCCGGCCCACAAGCCCCUGCUCAUCUCCAGCUGCGACUGGAUGGCGGCCAUGUUCCGUGGCUCUUUCAUGGAAAGUUACAUUGAGGAGGUAUCCAUUCCUAACACCAGUGCAGCAUGUAUGCGUGGGGUGCUGGAGUUCCUGUACUGCGGUCUGCUGACACCCUGUCCUGGGUUGGAGCCCAUGGAGCUAAUUAUUCUGGCCAACCGUCUCUGUUUGCCACGCCUUGUCGCCCUCACCGAACAGCAUGCUGUGGAUGAGCUUCUCCAGUUGGCAGUGAAAGGAGUUGACAUUGAUGGACAGGUGUUGGCUUACCUUGAGCUUGCACAGUUCCACAAUGCCAAGCAGCUAUCGGCUUGGUGUCUCCAUCACAUCUGCACUAAUUAUAACAGCAUCUGUCGCAAGUUUCCCAAAGACAUGAAGGCCAUGUCUCCAGAAAACCAGAGGCACUUUGAGAAGCAGCGCUGGCCUCCUGUGUGGUUCCUCAAGGAAGAGGACCGCUAUCUGCGCUCUCAGAAGGAGCGUGAACGUGAGGAGGAGAUCUUGCGCAAGCAGCACACCAAGCGUGGCUGGUGUUUCUGGAGGCACCCGUCCUCCUCUCCACACGUGUCCUAAAGGGUUCCCUCCACUGACUUCUUCAUGCUUACCUGGGUCAUCCCGUCCAAGAAAGCUAACUCCCCCCUCUUAAUGCAUUUAAAGGAGGAUGGCUCUGAAACUCUUAUCAGCGGAGAAGUGGCCCUCAUUGCUAAUAUGCCUGAAUGUCAGCACGUUUGGGGGAAUGUAUGUGCCUCUUUAUAAGUGUGGGUGACCACAUGAGUGCAUUUUGGUAUGCUGUGUGACAAGUGUGGACUCAAGUGAAGGGUAUGUGCAUGGGUAUGUCAGUAUAUGUGUGCAGUAUUGUGACUGAGUGAUGCUUCCAAGUUGAGUGCUUCCCAAAUGCCCUGAUCUAUAAGGGCCCGUGGUGUUGCAGUGCAGCCCGUUGUUCCCUCCACCAGAGCUCUGUCCCUCCACCAGCACUCAGUGUCUCAGCCUUUGAGUGAUUGGACUGGGAGCAAGGGCUUUCUAUCUCUCUCAGUCUCUCAUUCUCCAUCCUUCACAUUGACCUUAAUGACUAUUACACAUUGACCACUGCGGCUUCCCUUGGGGGAGCUUACCUCUGCCUUCACGUCUAUACAGACUGUUAGCUUGCACAAACCCAUUCCCAUGACCCACCCCUCUAAAACCAGCACUGGAUUCCCAGGAAUAGACACUGAUAAUGUAAUUAUUAUUUCCAUUAUUUUGUUUAAGUUUUUUUUUUUUUUGUUUAAAUAUGUUUUUGCUCCUAUUAGGACACUAUUAUCAGGGGAAAUGGCACCCAUUACUCCAAGGAAGCUGAUGAUUUCUCUGAUGAUAGUCAAUCUAAAGUCCAGGCUUGGGUGUAAAGGUAAACAUAUACCAAUUAGCAAAUUAAGAUGCACACUUUAGGAGGUUUAAACAUAGCUUUUAGCCUCGGGUAUAGUCCUGAUUUGAUCCACAGUGUCCAUCAUCCACCCCUGCACCUCCCACUUCCUCCUUUUGUUCACCACACUUGCAAAAAAGUAAAACACAAGCUCUCCUUGAUGUGUUGGUUUCACCAAACUGCAUUUCAGAGACCCUCCAAUGACCACUCUAUAGCAAUGAUGGGGGUAAAGAGGGCUAGCCUUACUUGAUACCUCUGCCACGGAGGACUAAUGGAUACAGUGUUAAACAAAUGUGCUUGUAACGUCCAUGACCACUAGGCUGCUUUGAAGCACCUCAGCCAGCCUGCCUUUACACCCCUACACCACUGGGGGCAGCACCGCUCAGGGCCCCGGCACUAACCUUCACACUAACAGGAGUUUUUAUGCCGAUGUUUUCUUCACUCUAGUUUCCGUUAAUAGGAUCAUCAGUGUAACGUCAACCCUUGCAAAGCUAAAGCACAUGCACCAUGUUAGUCGUGCAUUUUAACUCUACCUAACAAUUUUGUUUUUACCUGAUUCUGAAUACCAAAGCUGUGAUUCUUCUUCCUCACUUUCUUCAUUUCUGCUUCCUUGCUUUUUUAUGGGCAAGAGGGGAUGGAGGAGGAAAGAGAAAGUGACUUGUAGGAGAAGGAGGCAGUGUGAAAUAGUAAUUGAAUCAUUCUUUGGGGUGGUGUUUUGAAUCUGUAGUGUCAAGAAAAAAAAAAAAAGAGUGUCACCGCUGGACAUUGCCUUCCAUUCCGGUUGCUGGAAUUGAAAAUGGUGCUUAAGACACAAUAAGACAGUGUCCACAUGAACACACAGACACACAUUUUAUGUUUAGAGUUCAAGCAUCUAUGUAGUUGUUUAGUGGUUACCUGCAAAGAACCUGCAGAGGUUUAUUAUGGUGUUCAGAUUUGACAUAGGAGCAUUUUUAAACCUUAAUUUUUCGUCUCCAUUUACUAACAGUCUAUGAGAGGUCAUAAUAGGUCACUGAUUUUAGAAUGUGUAGUUUUCUGAUUUUACACACAGCGGUUACAACCCUGUGACGUCUUUGCUGCUUUUAUAUUCUUAAAACAAUGUGAUCUGUUUUUGCUUCCUUGUUAGCCAGGAAAUUAACAUUACUUUAGAGUGCAUUUGAGAUGAGUGUUUUCGCAAAUUCAAACUGCAAAUGAGAGCAAAUCUGAUUUUCUUGUUAAGGGUGCUAAUUUCUUUGGGCUUUCGUACUGAAUGUGAAAAAAAAAAGAUGUUGUGGUGAUGAGUUUCUAUUAGCACGUCGUUCUAUUUGUGGGUUUGCGCCCCUCAGCUUUACCCAGGCAACUCUAGGAGAUAGAUUGUGUGAGACAUGUGGUGUGUUCUGCUGUUUUCUGUGGAAGGUGUGUAAAGUCAUCGUCAGCUACCGAAAUAGAAGUCAGAAAGGAUCUCACGAGACUGAAGUGAGAAUUGAGCUGAUUUGUCUCUAAAUAGAGUAAAAGUGGAGUAAAAGUGAACAAGUCUCAGUCAGGGUUACAUGCAUCCUACAUAUUUAGGAAUGAUUUCAUAGAUGUUUAAAGUGAACCCAAUAAGGUGCUUUGGGUUUAUAGAAAAGAGACCUAAAUAGGAGAAAAGUCUCAUUUUUUUUGAUGGACUUCCAUAGCCUCUCUUUAGCUCCCCGUAGAAUCAAUUUGUCUUAAUGGCAUUAAUGGUUAGUAUGAUCCAUUAAGCCUCUUCUCUCAGUCCAUGUGCCUUAUAGUUGGACAAAACUAAAAACUAAUGUGAGAUUUUAGCAUAAUCUUAGUUCAAACCUGCAGACAGGUUCUGCAGUCACGCAUGUGAUGGAUACAUUAGACAAUGGCCACGAUCGUGUUAUUACUGUAAAAUGGAUUGUGGUGUUGCUUUAUGCACGCUCAGCCAUUGUCCUUCUUGAGGGAAUUUUCAAGCCAACCUUUUACAGAGUCUAGUACAGUAGGUUGGUCCAAUCAUAUGGCCUUAGAUUAGGAUGUUUUCUCUGGAUUGAGACUCACAUCAUGGUUGGGAUACUCCACCUACCUGGUGAUUGAGAGGUAGUGUUGAAUAAUUGCAGGUUGAUUCCUGCAGUGAAACUUCAAAACCACUGACUUUGAGAAAGCAAAGCUUUUUAAUAAGCACUGGCUGGCCUGUGUGCUGGGAGGGUGCAACCACUUUUUAAUUGUGGUUAAUUUGCAUGGUGGCCUAACUUUGUCAUUUUAAUGACAUUUGUGUUGGAAUGCACUUUCUUCUUUUUUUGUCUAUGACUAUACCUUUCUGUACUUAGCAUGAAUUGAUCCUUAUGUAAGAUUGUUUCAUAAUCUGAUGAUUGUAGCACGACAUUUCCACUUAAGUCUUUCAAAUUUUCCCACAACUUACUCAGUGCUUUUUGUUGUUGGCACUGAACUACACAGUAGCUCUCUUCUUGCUUUGGGACUUUAUGCACAAGUCUGUUGCUCUAAAUUAGCUCAGCACAGCUUAACGUAGCAUCACUAAACAUACAACUUUAAGUAAUAUGCUGGGACAUCUACAGACAUUUGCCUGAAAAGCUAAUGCAGAGGAUCUGUUGCUGCUGUGCAGUGUUAACCUGUUACUGUAGUUUAUACAAUCAAUCAAGCUUCUUCUUUUUUAUUUUUAAGAUAUUGGGUUCAGGGUAUAAAACUAAAAAAGCUAGAUUUCAGUAAAAAUUAAGGAUUGUAAUACACAUUUUAAGAAUGUUCAAAAUGGCUGAAAGCCAAGUGAAAUGUUUGGAUUUAGCUUGCAUGUAAUGACAAAGGAAUUGCAUAAAGCAUGAUGCAUGUUCCUGGAGUUGAACAUAAGCUACUGUAUAUACAGCAGAGUUUCUUAACCUUUGGUAUUGAGAUCCUGUUUGGGGUCACUUGAUAUGUCAAUGGGGUUGUGGGAUUUACAAAAAAAAAAACAAAAAAAAGAGGAUGAAAAAAAAUAAUCACACAAAAUAAACAUUAAUUGGGGUGAGGACUGUGGGAAGUAGAAACUGAAGGGCCAGAAAAGGUUGAGAAACCCUGAUUCACAGAGAGGGGGAAACAGACAUUCAACAUUUUCAGCCUUGUUGGUUGUAUUUUGCCCUCAAUAUUUGCUUCACAAUGACCCCUACAGGCCAAAGUUGAAUUUCAUCACAUUCUGAGUUGUGAAAUGUAUUAUGAUCGUCUUGUUUUAUCUUAUACAUUGUUUUUACUUUCACAUUAUAUUAGAUGGAGUAGAUCUUCCUUCUUUGCAGGCUUGAUGUCUCCAGUUUAAUGUGGGGCCUAGUGACUGAGAGAACACCUUGUUUUUAGUAUUUGGUGUCUCCUCUCCUGUGCCUUCAGUGAAAUCUAACUCUUUUGGCUCUGUACAGGCUGAUGGCACUUAACCUGCAGCCUACUGGGCUCAAAUUCAAGUCAGUUAAGCCAAGAAAUACACAAGUGUGCGCACAGACGUAGAAGUAGGUAGCUGUCAUUAAUAUACAGUAUCGUAGAGCUUAUGUGGAUUUGCUUGUGCUUCUUUAGGCAUAAAGCAGUUACUGCCUGUUGGGGUCAUAUUGACAACUUCCAGUGAAAACAUAACUGUGGAGCUUCACAAAUUCAGUAUGGAAUAUCAUCUAUGCUAACGCUGAUGACUUAAAUUAUGAAAUGACCAAGAAACCCAGCAAACCAGCAAUUUAAGAAUAAUGUUUCUGCACUCUUUUAGGUGCCUGCACUUUCUAUUAUGUAGCUUAUUACUACUUUUUUGAUGCUGUCUUUAUAUUGACCAGUUUUCCUGAUUUGAAAUUAGAAUAUCAUUAAAUUUCCACUUUCAGUACUGUACUCUACCACUUCCAUUAGUCACUAUGUUGCAGUCAUACAUGCAGUCAGCGUCCUUUUAGUUUGGGAACAGCAUCUGUGAACUACUGGUUGGAUUAAAGGCAGAUAUUAGCUGUGACAUAUUACGCUUUAAUGAAGAUAGUUAUUAUCCAAAGUACAGUACAGUGUUGUAAAUUGAAACAAGACCCAGUUGGAAAUAACCUCUCACCUUCUUAUUACUCACCACACUGUAUGUAUGUACGAAGUUGGUGUAUACAUAGGAUUGUGUGCACAGAGAGGUGUUUAUAUAGACAAACAUGGUGUGAUUAACCCCUGGUCUAUACUGUAACUUUUAAGUGGAUCGUAUAUACUGUAUAGUAUUGUUAUGCACUUUUGUUUCCAUUGACUCAUGAAUUUUAUUAACAUUUACUGCUUAUGUUAUUGUGUUUAUUACAAUAAAAAGGCAAAAGACAGAGCACACCACACUCACAAACUAUUAAGGGCUUUCAAAAAGAUAUACAACAAUCAGAAUGUUUUGCUGCUGUUGCAAAAAAUGUUUUGAAACUAAAAUUUUGUAAUAUUUUUGAACCACUGUGAUUUGUACAAAAUUUCAAAAAGAAAUGUAGAAAAAAGUUUUUUUUUUCUUUUUGCCAUUUCAGUAUUUUGAUGUUUGACAUGAAUUUUAUUAAAACUGUUAAUCUUUUGAA